AUGGGCAAACACAGAAUAUUACGGGCCAUUUUCAUACGGAUAAUCUUCAUAAUUCAUUCUUUGAUCGCCAUCGGGCAAGUGGUUUACAUGAAAGAUGACCGCUGGUACUGGUACUUGUGUGCCCCCUUGAUUCUCAUGAUUUUGGAGACUGUGGUCACCUUGACUUUAACUAAAAAUCUAGAGUGGAGUUGGUUUUGCCCAUCAGUUUUCCUAUAUCUGACAAGUAUAGUACCAGCGAUAUGGCUUUUGGAACUUGAUAAAGUUGAUCGUAGAAUGAAAGCACUAGAAAAACCGAUGAAUAUCACUACCGGAGCCCAGUUCAAGGAGAUCAGCACUUUAAUAGGAGGGGUACAGAUAACGCUGCCAGAAAUAUCAAUGAGCACGGAAACUUGGAUAACUUUGAUCGAGCAAUUCCUCAUGCUGAUCCUCAUCAUCGGGAGGUGGAUGCUGCCCAAAGGUGAUCUGACCAGGGAUCAGCUCAGCCAACUGUUGCUCGUCUAUAUCGGUACUGCUGCUGAUAUAAUAGAAUUUUUCGAUUCCUUCAAAGAUGAGAAGGUCGCUUCAGAACCAGUAUUAGUCCUGCUAACUUUAUCCAUUUGGUCUUGGAGUCUCAUGCAAUUCACAGUGGUGUUGACAGCCACAAAAUCCAGAAAAUCCCGUCUCGCAACAACCUCAUCCACUAUUGAAAAGUCUGAUGGAUGCUGUACCAUCGAUGUCUGCGGCAUUAUCCUCAACAUCACUCUUCAAGAUGCUCCCUUUCUAGCGUUCAGGCUUCUACUCAUCGCUCACUAUAAGAUCAUCACUUACAUGAAUAUUUUCUUCACGUGCAAGAAUACGCUGGUCAUCACUUUGCAGAUCUACAGACUCUAUGUGGUCUACACGGAGACCCACAAAAAAAGCACCAGGACCAGUGACGUCGAGAUGAUGUCGAACAUAUCGAUAAUCUCCUCAAUUUCGAGGAAUGACCUCACGUUCGAACCUAGAAGAAGAAGACGACCGUCGAAUAGAGUGGCAAGACACGAUACUACGAGCACGAGGAGAAGCGAAGACUCCAACGGUAACGAUAGUGAUGAAAGUGGCAACGUCAGUAGACCAACUAGAAAAAACUUGAAUUCCCGAAAAGACACCGGCUACUCGACCGCCAGCUCCCAAACCACCCAAACCAGCACCAGAAACAACCUCCCUAAAACCCAGUCGAAGAGAUCCAACACCUCGACAGUCUCCAACGGCUCAGAAAACCAGGACCCCGAGUCCAGGAGGAUGAUGAAGCAAAAGCUACGCAGAACAGACAGAGAAACGACAGGCAGACGAAAAAUAGACGAAACAGUGUCAGAAGAGAGCGAUGCCAACUAUGUGGAAGAAGACGAGAUCAGGAGAGAGAGGCGAGAUCGGAGUCGCGAUAGAGAGAGAAGAGGCGAGAAGGACAGGAACAAGGAACGCGCGAAGGGGAGGGAUAAGAAAUUCGAUAGACAAUCGACAGCUACCUUGAGCGAUGACUCUUCCGACUGA